AUGGCGAUGCGAUUGCGCUCGUCUGCCGGCUUGCCGCGCUCCCACAACACCCGUGGCACCACCCCGAACAUGGCACCGCCAUCGAGACGGAAUUCACCGUCGUCGACGAGCUGCAGGCGGAGGUCUCCGAGCUGGACUGCUGGCUGGUUCACGAGUCUCGCGGGUCAGGGAUUGGUGGCCAAGGCGACGGUCGAAUCGACCGUCGAGCAAACGGCCGGCAGAAUACCACGCCCACCGGCCGACCAGGACAUGCAGACGGCGCCGGAACCAGCUAGAAUCCCCCGGUCAACAGGCUGCAGAGUGCAAUUCUCGACCGCCGCGCUCGCGCCCAUGACCGCACUACGACAGCUAAAGAACUCGCCAGCCCAAGAGAUCGACCGGACCAGCGCGGAGCCGAGCCGCGGCCCGAUCCGACGGUCGGCCUCGAUCGAGAUUUGUGGAGGAAAGCUCAUGUCACUCGAUAGCCUGCAAGAUGUCGCUCGCGCCCUGGUGGCGCCCGAAGGAAUCCUCGCUGCCGACGAGAGCAGCGGUACGAUCAAGAAGCGCUUCGACUCGAUCGACGUCGACUCGACCGAGGACAACCGGCGCGCUUACCGCGACCUGCUCUUCACCACCACCGACACCGAGCGUUAUAUCAGCGGCGUGAUCCUCUACGACGAAACCCUCCGUCAGAAUUCCGUCGGCGGCACUCUGUUCCCGGAGCUGCUGACGGCUCGCGGCAUCCUGCCUGGCAUCAAAGUUGACAUGGGCGCCAAGGACUUGGCUGGCGCCCCCGGCGAAAAGGUCACCGAAGGGCUCGACGGCCUGCGCGAGCGCUGCGCCGAGUACCGCGCCCUGGGCGCCCGCUUCGCCAAGUGGCGUGCGGUGAUCACCAUCGGUAACGACGGUUCGGGCCAGCCGAUCCCCAGCGACUAUUGCCUCGACGUCAACGCCCACGCCCUGGCACGCUACGCCGCGCUGUCGGUGGAGCAAGACCUGGUGCCAAUCGUCGAACCCGAGGUGCUGAUGGACGGCGGCCACACCCUCGAGCGCUGCGAGGAAGUCACCACCCGCGCCCUGGAACGGGUCUUCGAGGCCCUUUACCAGCAGCGGGUGCCGCUGGAGCAGAUCCUGCUCAAGCCCAACAUGGUGCUGUCGGGCACCGAAUGCGCCCGCCAGGCCGAUGUCGCCGAAGUCGCCGAAGCCACCGUGCGCACGUUCCUACGCACCGUACCGGCGGCAGUACCGGGCAUCGUCUUCCUUUCCGGCGGUCAGAGCGACGAGCUCGCCACCGCCCACCUGAGCGAGAUGAACCGACGCUUCGAGAUGCCCUGGGAGCUGUCCUUCUCCUACGGCCGCGCCCUGCAGGCUCCGGCGCUCAAAGCCUGGCUCGGCCGGCAAGAGAACGUCGCCGACGCGCAGCAAGCUUUCCAGCAUCGGGCCCGGCUAAACGGGGCCGCCCGCAGCGGCAGCUACACCGCUGACAUGGAAUCCGGCGCCGCGGCCAACUAG